AUGACUCACUUCUUUCUUUCUUUAUCCGAAUUUCCAUAUCUAUCUAUCUAUCUAUCUAUCUAUCUAUCUAUGCACUUGUUUUCUAUCGACAUCACUACAGUUAAAUUUGCCUUGAUUUGUUUGUAUCUAUCAUUAAUCUAUCUGCGGUUAAAACAGAUAGAGAUUGCUUGCUAUCUAUCUAUCUAUCUAUCUAUCUAUCUAUCUAUCUAUCUAUCUAUCUCUAUUUAUCAAUAUAUAUAUACCUAUCGGGUUAACGUUCGGUCUAUCUAUCUAUCUAUCUAUCUAUCUAUCUAUCUAUCUAUCUUUGUUUCACAUUGUUUCUCUUUUUUUCACUGCCUCAUUGUUUCGCAUUGUUUCUCUUUGUUUCUUUACCCGUGUCUCGUUGUUUCGCAUUGUUUCUCUCUCUGUCUCGUUGUUUCACAUUUUUUUGUUGUUUCGCAUUGUUUUUCUUUGUUUCUUUUUCUGUGUCUCCUUGUUUCACAUUGUUUCUUUCUGUUUCCUUUCCUGUGUCUCACUGUUUUGGAUUGUUUCUCUUUUUUUCUUUUCCUAUGUCUCGUUGAUUUGCACUGUUUUACUUUGUUUCUUUUCCUGUGUCUCGUUGUUUUGCAUUGUUUCUCUUUGUUUCUUUACCUGUGUCUCGUUGUUUUGCAUUGUUUCUUUCUCUGUCUCAUUGUUUCAAUUUUAUUCUGUUGUUUCACAUUGUUUUUCUUUGUUUCUUUUCCUGUGUCUCGUUGUUUUGCAUUGUUUCUCUUUGUUUCACUUCCUAUAUCUCGUUGUUACGCAUUGUUUUCUUUUUUUUUUUCUUUUCCUGUGUAUCGUAGUUUGACAUUGUUUCUUUUCCUGAGUCACCUUGUUUCACAUUGUUUCUCUUUGUUUCUUUUCCCGUGUCUCGUUGAUUUGCACUGUUUCUCUUUGAUUCUUUUCCUAUGUCUCAUUGUUUCACAUUGUUUCUCUUUGUUUCUACUCCUAUGUCUCAUUGUUUCGCAUUGA